AUGUUAAAGGUCACAACACCUGUUUCAAGAUCAGUUAAUGUUCGAUUUGUUCAUCCUUUAAACAUCCCAGAGUCUGCUGAAGUAAUUCAACAGAGGUGCCAAACAAGAGCUAUAGAAGCUGAGCAUAAUUUGGCUUGUGCCCGGUCAGAAGAUGGUGCAAAUCAUACAACUAUAAAGUCUCCCACAGGUAGGGUUGACCCAUCUUGUGAUGCUCUGAAUGACUUAUCAACUCUUUUAGAAUUAUCUCUGCGAUCCCACAAUAAAGAUCUUGCCACAUUAAAUUCCAUCUCAGGUAUUUGUGGAGACUAA